GGGUGGUCGAGGGUCUUCGGUAUGGAUAUGCUAGAUACGAUUCAGCUCCUUUCUAUGCGGUAAGUUCCGUCUCCGCUGAAAUCGCUGUACCACCAACGACGCCCUCCCCGGCCUAUGCCAGUUCUUCCCCGAGUCGAGCCUCGAUGGGCUUUGCCUUUUGGCUGCUUGGCAAUUGGAACAACCUGCAGCCCUAUCGGCGUGCCUUCGUGAUCAUUGGUCAUUACAUUUCAGCUGGCCCCAGGCAGCAUCGCCUAUCUGUGAGCCACAACAGCGAAAAUAUAGCUGUCUGUUUGAUCGCCAAGACCACGCAAUGUAGCUAUGCAUAGUUGCUUUUCGAGCUGGACUGGACCGUUCUACUGUCAGCCACAAGGACGUGGGCUGGUAACCGCAUAUACAGCGGGUGGCCUCCGCUCUGAGAUGUGUCCUACCUCGCGAUGAUCAGGCCUCCAACAAGUAUCAGACGUCUAUGUGGAGGCAGAAUGCUUUCUUUGAAUCUAGCCGUCAUUUUGUUCGCAGCUGCUCUCGCCGCGCAAGCAAAUGACCCAGCAACCCUCGGAGCCUCGAUAAAGUUUGAGAAGGGAUAUUCUCUCCUACCAGCGUGCAUUAAUCAGUGCGUCUGGGACAUUGGCGACAACGACACCCCCGACAUAGGCGGCGACGUCGCCAUCCAUCUCUCCUGUUCCGCGCCCUGGAUUAAUGGCUGCUACUGCCGGCCACAAUCUGCAACCGUCGCACAUGCUUUCAUCUCAAGCUGCGCGACAUACCUAUGCUCGACGCCCCAGCAGAGCGACGUCGACGCAGGGACGCAAGUGUAUGACAGCUACUGUAGCCAGGCACUCGGGGCGGCGUACACGCCUGAGGGUGUGGAGCAGGCACCGGCGACCUUGACGGCAGCGAGUGAAGUGAUAAGCACUGGCACGGUUGCAACGUCCCGUCCUACGUCUACCAUUGCGAAACAGACGUCUACCAACGCUGCUGCUUCACAGCCCUCUCCCAUCGAGUCCUCUAGUUCCCAAGAAAAGCCUUCCGAUGACAAGAUUGCCGGUCUCAGCAAGGGUGCUUUUAUAGGCGUCGUCGUAUCUGCGAGCUGCUCGGUCUUGGGCUUGGUGUUUGGCAUUUGGUUCAAAUUCCACAAGCACCGGGAGCAGAUGAAGCUCGCGCAGCAGAAUCCCGGGGUAAUUUUUGGGCAGAAAUAGUGGAAGGAAAUGUAC